GGCGGGAAGCGUCCGGGGGCAGUGGAGCCGAUGUCGGCCUUGAGGCGCUCAGGCUACGGCCCCAGUGACGGUCCGUCUUAUGGGCGCUACUACGGGCCUGGGGGUGGAGAUGUACCCGUGCACCCACCUCCGCCCAUAUAUCCUCCCCGCCCCGAGCCCCCCCAGCCUCCCAUUUCCUGGCGAGUGCGCGGGGGCGGCCCGGCUGAGACCACCUGGCCGGGAGAAGGCGGAGGAGGCGAUGGCUACUAUCCCUCUGGAGGCGCCUGGUCGGAGCCGGGUCGGGCUGGAGGAGGCCACCAGGAGCAGCCACCAUAUCCUAGCUACAAUUCCAACUAUUGGAAUUCUCCUGCCCGACCUCGGGCUCCUUACCCAAGUACUUAUCCUGUAAGACCGGAAAUGCAAGGCCAGAGUUUGAAUUCUUAUACAAAUGGAGCAUAUGGCCCACCAUACCCCACUGGCCCUGGGACAAAUACUGCCCCAUACCCAGGGGCUUAUUACACAUCCGGGUAUGCUCAGACCAAUUACUCCACAGAGGUUCCAAGCACUUACCGUUCACCUGGCAACAGCCCAACCCCAGUCUCUCGUUGGAUGUAUCCCCAGCAGGACUGCCAGACUGAAGCAGCCCCUCUUAGGGGGCAGGUUCCAGGAUAUCCUGCUUCACAGAACCCUGGAAUGAGCGUGCCCCAUUAUCCUUAUGGGGAUGGUAAUCGUAGUGUUCCACAACCAGGACCAACUGUACGAUCCCAGGGGGACUCCUGGGCUCCUCCGGGUGCUUAUGGCAUGGGAGCCCGUUACCCCUGGCCUUCAGCUGCCCCCUCAGCACCACCUGGGAGUCUCUACAUGAGUGAGAGCGCUUCAUCAUGGCCGAGCAGUGGCUCUCCUCGGCCACCUCCUUCCCCCCCAGCCCCACAGCCCAAGGAUUCCUCAUACCCCUAUAGCCAAUCAGAUCAAGGCAUGAACCGGCACAACUUUCCUUGCAGUGUCCAUGUCCAUCAGUACGAGUCCUCGGGAGCAGUGAACAAUGAUAAUUCAGAGCUCUUGGAUUCCCAAGUCCAAUAUACUGCUGAGCCUCAGCUGUAUGGUAAUGCCACCAGCGAGCAUCCCAGCAAUCAAGAGAAAGAAAUGUCAUCAGUGGAAUCACACGAGGAACAAUUGUCCCAGUCAGAUCCAUCCCCGUCACCAAACUCAUGUAGUUCCUUUGAGCUAAUAGACAUGGAUGUUGGCAGUUUGUACGAACCCGUUUCUCCUCAUUGGUUUUAUUGUAAGAUAAUAGAUUCUAAGGAGACAUGGAUUCCUUUCAACUCUCAGGAUUCACAGCAGCUGGAAGAGGCAUACGGCUCUGGAAAAGACUGUGAUAGGAGAGUUGUGCCCACUGAUGGGGGCAGAUACGAUGUUCAUUUGGGGGAGAGGAUGCGGUACGCCGUAUACUGGGAUGAGCUAGCAUCGGAAGUGAGGCGCUGUACCUGGUUUUACAAGGGAGACAAAGAUAAUAAGUAUGUUCCAUACUCGGAGAGCUUCAGCCAAGUGUUAGAGGAAACUUACAUGCUUGCUGUAACUCUGGAUGAAUGGAAGAAGAAACUGGAGUCUCCCAACAGAGAAGUUAUUAUAUUGCACAAUCCAAAGCUUAUGGUACAUUACCAGCCAGUCGCGGGGUCUGAUGAAUGGGGUUCAACACCCACUGAGCAGGGCCGACCUCGAACAGUGAAGAGAGGGGUUGAGAACAUCUCUGUUGACAUUCAUUGUGGGGAACCUUUACAGAUAGAUCACUUGGUUUUUGUAGUCCACGGGAUCGGACCAGCCUGUGAUCUCCGCUUCCGAAGCAUUGUACAGUGUGUUAAUGAUUUUCGCAGUGUUUCUUUGAACCUGCUACAGACGCAUUUUAAGAAAGCCCAAGAAAAUCAGCAGAUUGGGAGGGUAGAAUUUCUCCCAGUCAACUGGCACAGUCCUUUGCAUUCCACUGGUGUGGAUGUAGAUCUGCAGCGAAUAACUCUGCCCAGCAUUAACCGCCUAAGGCACUUCACCAAUGAUACAAUUCUGGAUGUCUUCUUCUACAACAGCCCCACCUACUGUCAGACUAUUGUGGACACAGUUGCUUCUGAACUGAACCGAUUAUAUGUACUUUUUCUGCAGAGGAACCCUGAUUUCAAAGGGGGCGUAUCCAUCGCUGGUCAUAGUUUAGGUUCACUUAUAUUGUUCGAUAUCCUAACAAAUCAGAAAGAUUCUUUGGGGGAUGUUGACAGUAAAAAGGAUUUGCCAAGUAUUUUCAUGGAACAAGGAGACACACCGACACUGGAGGAAGAUUUGAAGAAACUUCAACUCUCUGAAUUCUUUAGUGUCUUUGAGAAGGAGAAAGUAGAUAAGGAAGCUCUGGCUUUAUGUACAGACAAAGAUCUUCAGGAAAUGGGAAUUCCCUUAGGACCAAGAAAGAAGAUACUAAACUACUUAAGGACCAGAAAAAAUUCAAUGGGUAUUAAUAGACCAACCCCGCAAUCACCUGCAGGGGCGAAUAUGUCUAACAUCCCCAAAGAAUCGGAGUUCUGUAGUAGUACUAAUGGUACUGGAAAUGGUGAACAUCUGGAUGUUGGCAUUGGGCAGGUGCCUGUAAAAUACCCCCGGCUCAUCUAUAAACCAGAAAUAUUCUUUGCCUUUGGAUCUCCCAUUGGAAUGUUCCUUACUGUCCGAGGCCUAAAAAGAAUUGACCCCAACUACAAAUUUCCAACAUGCAAAGGUUUCUUCAAUAUUUAUCACCCUUUUGAUCCUGUGGCCUAUAGGAUUGAACCAAUGGUGGUCCCAGGAGUAGAAUUUGGGCCAAUGCUGAUCCCGCAUCAUAAAGGCAGGAAGCGAAUGCACUUAGAACUGAGAGAGGGCUUGACCAGGAUGAGCAUGGACCUUAAGAACAACUUGCUAGGUUCGCUGCGGAUGGCCUGGAAGUCUUUUACCAGAGCUCCAUACCCUGCCUUACAAGCUUCAGAAACUGCAGAAGAAACUGAAGCAGAACCUGAAUCAAGUUCAGAGAAGCCUAGUGAUGUUAGCACAGAAGAGAACCUUGUAGCAGUUAAACAAGAAGCUCCCCCCAUCCAUGUGGGAAUGCUGAAUGGAGGCCAGCGCAUCGACUAUGUGCUACAGGAGAAGCCCAUUGAAAGUUUUAAUGAAUAUUUAUUUGCUUUACAAAGUCAUCUAUGCUACUGGGAGUCUGAAGAUACAGUACUGCUGGUCCUCAAAGAAAUCUACCAAACCCAGGGUAUCUUCCUUGAUCAGCCUUUACAGUAAAAAUGAACCACCUAUGGCUGCUUAAUGUAAGUUUUUAAAUGUCAUGUAUGCAGCAUAUUACAUGUGACGAGGAACUGUGGAGCCUCAGCUCUUCCUACAUAUUAACAUGUGAUGAGGAACUGUGGAGCCUCAGCUCUUUAUAAAUAUACUUUUUGUUGCCUGUCA